AUGGGGUGUCUUUCUUCAUCUUAAAAGGAAGAGGAUGUUAGCAUUGCUUUGUAGAGUUAGAAGAAGUUAAAGAUUGUUAUCGUAGGAUUAGAAGGGAGUGGAAAGACAGCAAUAUUAUAAUAUUUGAGAAAUGGAAAAUUUGCAGAAACCUAACCUACUAUAGGUUUGAAUGUUGAGACAAUUUAAUAUAAACAGAGAUUCUAUUUGAUUUUUGAUGUUGGAGGGAAAGUGCGAACACUGUGGUCUCAUUAUUAUGAUANUCACCUACUUGAAAUAAGUUGA